AUGUACGCGAGCAACUUUCUCGCCAACAAACUCGGAGACCGCGGGCACGGUGUCCAGGGUAGCCAGAUCUUCCGCCCCCAAACCCCGCCUUCACCCACGCACGACCCCUUCAUCCCGUCGCCUUCUAUCAGCUCUUCCAACCCCCACCUUGCAGGUUCCCGCUCGCCCUCGCAAUCGGGGAUGAGGACUCCGCCGUUCCCCGGUCCCGGGAUUGAAGGGAUACCGGAUAUGGACAAUGCCAUGGGGUCGAGCAGUGUUGGUGUAGGCGUGCUGUUUGCCGGUCCUGAUGAUGAUCAUCCGCAGCCUCAAGAGAGCCUGUCGCGUAGUGCAAACGAUGGAAAAGGGCGGUCAAGGAUACCAAACCCUUACGAGUCGUCCUCUGAGGACAGCGACGACGACCGGGACGAAGCGGAAAUGGACUUGGACCAAGUCGAAACCGUCCGACGUUCCCUCCUGCGCCCCCACCCCGAGCAACAACAGCGCCAACCGCUAUCGGAACGCGCCAAGAAGGGCUGGCUAGCGCAUCAGAGCGUCUUUCCGCCUUCGUCAUCAUCCAGCGAUGACGAGAGUGAUAAGGAGACUGAAUCAGAGUCGGACUUUGAGGGAUCGACGAUCCUGGGUAGCGGGAGGAAGGGCAGGCGCCAAAGUGAAAUCGACUCCAACAUGUAUGACACCGGGACCAUGCCCGCGGCGUACAAUGUACACACAAAUAUGGAGGAGCCGCUACUCGGGGCCGAGGACGGGGAUAGACUCGAUAGGGUACCUGUCAGGCUGCAAGUAUACCAUGGACGAUUUGGCCACUGGGAUAGGGAAGGCCUACGCAAGUACAAGGACUCUGGUUUCCUUGCCUUCUGGUUAUCAUCACUAUUGGGCAUACUGAUAGGGCUGUUGUUUGUCUGGGGAUCUACAGAUCCGCCUCCGGACGCUCCCAGUUCUGCCCCCUCCAUCAUCCCCCUGCUCCCGCUCCUUCUCAUGCUUCUGAUCCCUCCCCUAGUCCUCCCACCCGCUUUCCUUUUCUUGUUGCAAAAGACUGUCCGCCCAGUCUUGAUCGCCACAGCCGGCGCCAUCCCAUUCUCUCUAUUCAUCUGCGGCUGGUGGGCUAUCGGUGCGAGUUUUGAAACCCAAGGCUUGGACGGCAAGGAAAAGAGCGAGCAGUGGUGGGGCACGACUGCUCUGCGGAUUGGAGCGGUGUUGCUGUGGGCAUUGGCAGCAUGGUUUGGAAGAUUGAUGUGGCUCAGAAGACGGAGACUCGAUCGAACGGCAUCCGUCGUCGAGCUGUCUACCAAACUCCUCCUGAACCACCCCCCGCUCUUGAUCCUCACACCCCUCCUUCUGGGCGUGUUUGCGAUCGCUUCCAUCCCUUUCCUCACCCUCCUGAUCCGUCUCGGAAUGAUUGGCUACUGGCGCCACCCACGCGAAAACACCUGGGUCUUUCACAUUCGCCCAUACGCCGGGUGGCUCAUCUUUUUGGUCACGUUGAUCUGGGUGUGGACAUGGGGUGUGAUCCGUGGUGUAGGAAGAGUGGCUGUGGCAGGUGUCAUUGGAGAGUGGUAUUUCCACCGCGAAGACCAUCGUCGACAAGAUAUCAUUCAAGUCACCACCGCGGCCGUACACCGCGCCACCGGUACAUCCCUGGGAUCUAUCUGUCUCGGUGCUGGUAUCAUUGCAGUGGUCCGUACCGUCGGCAGCGCCGCCGCCUCCCUCAAGCAAUUUACCUCUCCCCGAAACCCCAAACUCCCCUCCUUCCUCACCUUCCUCCACCACCUAUCCCCCGUCCUGACUGUAAUCGCCGGCGUCCUCGACCAGCUCAACGGCUACGCUCUAGUAUACGUCGGCAUCACCGGCGACGCCUUCUGGCCUUCCGCCCGACGUUCCGUCUCUCUCGCAGGAAGACGCAAAGCCGGGCAUCUACUGGAUUAUACACUCAUCAAGCUGCUGUUGACGCUGAGCAGCACGGCGAUGGGGUUGAUGACGGCGACGGCUGGGUAUUUGUACAUGACGCAUACGUUGGGGAACCCGGGGUAUGCGCCGGUGGCGGGGUUGGUUUGUGGGGGGGUACCGUUUUUGGCGGUAAGGGCUGGGGCGGGCGUCUUGACUGAUGCGGCGGAUGCGUUGUUUGUUUGUUAUCAGAUUGACAGAGAGCUUGGAGGACAGCAUAGUGAAGAGGCGAAGGGUGCUUUUGUUGGAGAAACCCCUAGCGGUGCCAACGCCGUGUAA